AUGGAGAACGAAAAGGAAAAUCUCUUUUUUGAGCCUCAUAAAAGAGGACUGUUGAAAACACCUCUGAAAGAGUCCACUUCAGCAAAUAUAGUGUUGGCAGAGAUCCAGCCUGACCUUGGCCCUCUAACAACACCCACCAAACCCAAGGAAAUUGCCCAGGGAGAACCCUGGACACCAACAGCCAACCUGAAAAUGCUCAUCAGUGCUGUAAGCCCAGAAAUUCGUAACAGAGAUCAGAAAAGGGGACUGUUUGACAAUAGUAACGGAUUACCUGAGGCCAAAGAUUGUUUACAUGAACACUUAUCUGGAGAUGAAUAUGAGAAAUCUCAACCAAGUCGAAAAGAGAAAAGUUUGGGAUUAUUAUGUCAUAAGUUCUUGGCAAGAUAUCCUAAAUAUCCUAACCCUGCUGUGAAUAAUGACAUUUGUCUUGAUGAAGUAGCCGAGGAACUUAAUGUUGAACGGAGGCGCAUUUAUGAUAUUGUCAAUGUCCUGGAGAGUUUACAUAUGGUGAGCCGAUUGGCUAAAAACCGGUACACGUGGCAUGGUAGACAUAAUCUCACCAAAACCCUUGGGACGCUGAAAAAUGUCGGGGUGGAGAACAAGUAUGCUGAGCAGAUUAUGAUGAUCAAGAAAAAAGAACUUGAACAAGAGUUUGACUUUAAUAAGAGUUACACUAUAGAGGAUCAUAUCAAAUCAAAUUCUGGCUCAAAUGGACACCCAGACAUGUGUUUUGUCGAACUUCCUGGAAUGGAAUUUCGGGCAGCUUCUGUAAACAGCCGCAAAGACAAGUCUUUGAGAGUCAUGAGCCAGAAAUUUGUGAUGCUGUUUUUGGUGUCGACACCUCAAAUAGUAAGCCUAGAAAUUGCUGCCAAGAUUUUAAUUGGGGAGGACCAUGUAGAAGACUUGGAUAGAAGCAAAUUUAAAACAAAAAUAAGGAGGUUGUAUGAUAUAGCUAAUGUUCUGAGUAGCUUGGAUCUUAUCAAGAAAGUUCAUGUAACAGAGGAAAGAGGUCGAAAACCAGCUUUUAAAUGGACAGGCCCAGAAAUCAGUCUAAAUCCUGGUGGUCUCAGCCCAAUCAUCUCAGCCCCUGCAGAUGUGGAAAUCAAGCGGUCUUCAAAAGAGAAUUGUGCCAAAAACCUCUUUUCCACCCGUGGGAAAUCAAAUUUUACCAGACACCCAUCCCUUAUCAAACUAGUAAAGAGCAUUGAAAGUGAUCGGAGAAAGAUAAAUUCUGCUCCCAGCAGCCCUAUCAAGACCAGUAGAGCUGAAAAUUCUCAGAAUUCUGUUCCGGUCCCAAGUAAAAUGGCUCAGCUUGCAGCUAUUUGUAAAAUGCAAUUAGAAGAGCAAUCAAGUGAACCCAGAAAAAAAAUGAAAGUCCAACUGAUGAGAUCUGGUCAGUGCAAGUCAGUGGCCCCUUUGGACACCCCAGCAGGUGCAGAGCUGGAGCUGACAGCACCAUCCCUGAUCCAGCCCCUAGGGGUAGUCCCCCUGAUCCCGAGCCCACUAUCAUCAGCAGUGCCUGUGAUCCUACCUCAGGCCCCUUCGGGUCCAUCCUAUGCAAUCUACUUGCAACCUGCCCAGGCUCAAACUUUGACCUCACCCCACGGCCUGAGCCCAGCGAUCUGUCCUACCCCUUCAGCUAAAGGUCUGAGAUCAAACGACUCUUCAGAGUCCACCUCUGAGAAGUUGACCAAUGAUUCCUCUAAGUCCUAUACCUCUGCCGGGCCUGGAAGCUUGCUGCUAGGACAAGAAAGACAGGCUGCAAAGUACCAAGACCAGGAGCCAGCUGGUGAAAAGGGCUCAAAGAGAGCAAGCCUGCCUGAGGACAGUGCUUCCAAAAAGAAAUUUAGAGAUGACCUGAAAGGACUUGAAAAUGUUUCCACAACCUUAUUCCCGUCAGGAUACUUGAUUCCUCUCACCCAGUGUUCAUCCUUGGGGACAGAGUCCAUUUUGUCUAGUAAAGAAAACUCAGGUAGCUUUUCCCCAAACCACAGAAUCUACGGCUCCCCAAUCACAGGUGUCAUUCCAGUGACAUCAUCUGAACUCACUGCUCUCAAUUUUCCCUCUUUCCAUGUAACACCAUUGAAGCUAAUGGUCUCACCAACUUCUGUGGCCACUGUACCUGUUGGCAACAGCCCGGCCCUCACUUCAAGCCAUCCUGUUCCUGUCCAGAACCCGCCCAGCUCAGCCAUAGUAAACUUCACACUGCAGCACUUGGGGCUUCUCUCCCCAAGUGUGCAGGUGACUGCCAGCCCCGUACCCAUCCCCAUGUCUCCCCGAGUAGAGGCCGUUAGUGUCGCUCUGGACAGUACAGGCAUACAGCAAGGGAAGGCAACCAUAUCCAAUUCACCAGUUGCAGGCCAGAGCCAACUUAGUGGACAAUCUGUCUCUGGAUCAGGUGCACAACAGCCUGUUCCUGUGACACCUAAAGGGUCACAAUUAGUGGCCGAAAGUUUCUUCCGUACCCCAGGUGGACCAACAAAGCCAAAGGGCUCCCCCUACGUGGACUUCGAUGGUGCUAAUAAAACCUCCAUAGGAACACUCUUUGUUCCGCAGCGAAAACUGGAAGUCUCCACAGAGGAUGUCCAUUAA